CUCAGUAGAUAACCUGUCAAGUAGAGCACAUUGUGUUAUCAUACAUACACAUCAUCAUGCAACCAGCAAAUAUUACCGAUUGAAAAUAUACAGGGUGUCCUGUGAUAAGUGUUAUGAAUUCAGACGACGAUGAGGUAGGAGAGCAGAGUCGGACACCUGACCAGGGUCGGUCAUCUACUCCUGAGAUCCCCCCGAGUCGUCUGAGGCGGCAGUCUGCCGGGGAUAUUCUGGAAGCUGAGUUGAGGGGAGAAUACGAACCCGAGGUCCUGGCCUCCCAGCGCCGGCGUGCAGCCCGCUCGUCUAUCGCCGGGCUUCCUCAUCAUCACCACUUCGCUUCCCAAGUCUGGGAGAGACGAUGGUCACGGAGCUCAGUACACCCGUAUACCAAUGCCUUCUUACAAGACGCGUUCGGUACGUCAACCUGCUGGUAUCAAUUCUGUAUCCAUAGUUAAGACUAGUGACUAGUUAAACAAUGUAUAUAUAGA